GUCCCGCGCGCCGCCGGUCCCGCGCUCCGCCAUCUUGCCGCGGGAGAGGUGCGCCGGGAGGAGCGGCGGCAGGGCCGGGGCUGGCGGCGCUGGGCUGCGCAGGGCGCCCGGCCCCGCCUCACCAUGACCGCUCCCGCCGCCCACUCCAGCCUGCGGCCUCUGCUGGAGACGCUGGAGGACACCGCCGCCCCGCCGGGAGACCUCAUCGACGCUCACCUCACGAUCGUGAAUCGCUUGACGGGUGAGGAUGGCAAAGAUUUCACUGCAGAUGUCAAAAAACACUUUCCUCAACUUUGCAAAGUGUUUAAGGCACACAUUUCUAGUCAAAACCUGGAGCUAAAUAAUGCAGCAUUACAAGCGUUAGGAUUCUGCGUUUUUAAUCCAAAGAAUACAUCUGAAUUAUCUGCCACUGAAAUACGAGGUUUGCUUUCCAUGGUGAACAGUGUUGCUGUAAAAACUUCAGACAAAAACGCUCGCACUCGGGCACUUUGGGUGAUCUCUAAGCAGGCAUUUCCUUCUGAAAUUGUUAAAAAGGAGGUGUCCAAUAUUAUUUCUACCCUGGAAACAAUACUUAGUAAAGGAGAUGUACAGUCUAUGGUCGUUGAAUAUGAAGCACUAAAUGUUGUUAUACGCUUAAUGGAGCAAGCUCCAACCCAGAUGGGAGAAGAGGCUGUGAGGUGGGCAAAACUGAUCAUUCCUCUGGUCGUCCAUUCAGCUCAUAAGGUGCAGUUACGAGGUGCCACUGCUCUGGAGAUGGGCAUGCCGCUGCUCCUCCAGAAACAGCAGGAGGUGGCAGCUGUCACUGAGCACCUAAUGACCACAAAAAUAAUUUCAGAGCUUCAGAAAUUGUUUUCUACAAAAAAUGAGACUUACGUGUUAAAAUUAUGGCCGCUGUUUGUCAAAUUGCUUGGAAAGACUCUGCAUCGUAGUGGCAGUUUUAUCAACUCAUUGCUGCAACUGGAGGAACUUGGAUUUCGUAGUGGCUCACCAGUGGUAAAGAAAAUAGCCUUCAUUGCAUGGAAGAGUCUAAUAGAUAAUUUUGCUCUAAAUCCAGAUAUAUUGUGCAGUGCUAAAAGGCUGAAACUGCUUAUGCAGCCACUGAGCUCGAUCCAUGUGAGAACAGAGGCUUUGGCACUGACAAAACUGGAGGUCUGGUGGUACUUACUCAUGAGGCUGGGACCUCAGCUGCCUGCCAACUUUGAACAGGUUUGUGUACCAUUAAUCCAAAGUACUUUAAGUCUGGAUUCUGCUGCUGCAUUGCAAGGAACUCCCUCGCGUUUACCAGCCAACCAAAGUUUAGCCUCGGCAACCCCUGCACAGAAAUCAGGUCCUUACCCCUUUGCAAGUCCAGUCACACCGAGGAUGAACUUGAAUUCUAGUACAGCAGGAGUGGUGGUGAUCCCUUCCAUUCAGCUCCUGGGAAUUGAAAUGCUGCUUCACUUCUUGAUGGGACCAGAAGUUUUAGAUUUUGCUAAACAAAAUAAACUUGUACUUAGUUUAGAGCCUCUCCACCACCCCCUGAUCAGUAGCCCUUCUUUCUUUUGUAAGCAUGCCAGCACGCUUAUAAACGCAAUUCAGGAUGGCUUUAUUGCAGUUGGAAAAGAAGUUCCUGACUGUAUGCUGAACGUUAUAUGGAAGGACAUAAAUGGUUAUGUAAAAACAGCUAUCGAAUCAGGAAAUAAGAAAGAAAAACAAGGGUCGGAAAUACUGACUAUGUUGCUCCAGGCCUUAAAAAACACUGUUAGGUCAAAUUCUCUUCCUGUGCAGAGAAUCCUGUCCCUCAUUGAUAUUACCGUUAAGGAAUUGCCCCCAAAAGUACUGGGAUCACCAGCUUAUCAGGUUGCUGAUAUGGAUCUUUUAAAUGGAACACCAGCUUUGUUCUUAAUUCAGCUGCCGUUCCAUAAUAACCUCUUGGAAUGCUGUGUAACAGAUGAGAGGUUCUUUGUCAUUCUAGAAACGCUGGUGGGCUAUGUUCUGUCUGGGCCUACGUCUCCGCUGGCUUUCAGUGAAUCUGUGAUCUGCAUUAUUAAUCAGAGUGUGAAGCAAGUGGAAAAUAAGGAGCAUCUUUGGAGAAUGUGGAGUAUUGUGGUUAACCCGCUAACCGAAUGGAUCAAUCGGACUAAUGAAGUAAAUCAGGGCGAUGCGCUGGAACACAACUUCAGCGCUGUUUAUAGUGCGUUGUUGCUCCCGAUAUCACACAUCUUCCCCGCCCAGGAAUUUCCACAGCCAACUAUGAAAUCCUUGUUGCGCACUUGGUCAGACCUGUAUAGAGCAUUUGCUCGCUGUGCUGCUUUAGUUGCAACAGCAGAAGAAAACCUAUGCUGUGAAGAACUUUGUGCCAAAAUAAUAUCUGGGCUAGAAGGUGAAACUCCAGUAAUGUUUUCAAUGAUGGAUGGUCUCACCCAUAUUAUAUCGGUUAUGGUUGACUGCAUCAACUUUGCACCGUAUGGUACUAAAUAUCAGCCCAAAACCAGAUCUCCACAGACACCUACAGAUUGGUCUAAGAAGAAAAAGGAACCCCUCGGAAAGCUUGCCUCUCUAUUUAAACUCCUGGUGAUGUUACUAAACUCUUUCCAUGUGUUCAGUUCCAAAGAAAUCUGUUCAGAAACAUUGGUCUCUGUUGGUCCUUCAAUUAUUGCUGCUAUUCACAACAUCAUCAGCCACGUUUCAUUGCCUUCAGUGAUUGGGACUAUGUUUGCAAUUUUUUCAAAACCCCUGGCAGUGUUUUAUGAAAAAACAAAGCUUGCUGAUGUAUCUAAAGUAUACAGUAAUCUUAACCACAAGCUUGAAAAACUACUGGGCGAGAUUAUCCUGUGUUUGCAGUCUCACUGCACUGGCUCUUACGACAGCGAGCUGCUGGAGCAGCUCUCUCCGUUGCUCUGCGCAGUAUUUCAGCAUAAGAGCAAACAGAUGCGCAACCAGUGCGCCCACUUCUGGAACGCAACGUUUGCUAAGACUACGUCGUUAACGUAUCCUGAAGAGUUAAAAUCUGUGUUAAGCCAAGCCAAAAAGAAAAUUCCACUCUUGCUGCCCGCUUUUGAAAGCGUGGGGGUAGCUGAAGAAUACAGCGGCCCGUUCUCUGACUCGACGGAAGAUUCACAGCUGGAUGCGAAGAUCAGUGGAAUGGAAGUAAAGUUGGGUCAAAACCGAUACCCUGCAUUGGCACAGGCGAGUGAACUGAAAAACGAAGUAAGAGACAAGUCCAGUAAUGUGCAAGUAGCGUCUGCGAAGUUGAAACUGGAAUUUUCAUCCCCGAAGACUAAAAGUGGGACGCCUUUGGAAGAGGAGAAAUCUGUUGAUUUUGUGUUUAUUCCUCCAGAAACAAAAGCAAGAAUACUAACAGAACAUCAAAAGGAAGUGCUUAGGUCAAAGAGGGUCGGUAUUCCUGCGAUGUACAACAAUCUGGACGCAUCGCAAGACACUACCUUAUUUUCCCAGUACACUCAAAGUCAGGAAGAUUCUUUGGAAAAAUCAUCGUUAAUAGAAGACGCAAAAGAAGAUGCUAAAAACAAGCCUCAGGAAGAUGUGAAGGACAGCGAGAGCGAAGGACACGCCAACAAAUCGGAUAAAAUCACAGAGGACUGCAAAUCCAGUCACCCUGUUGCGAACGCUGCCUGUGUGAGAAAGUCACCUGCUACUCACGCAGAGGAGAGCUCGGCUUUAAACGGCGAGGGAGAGUCAAAAAGCGACACGGCUGAAACGAUUCUGAAGGAGCCAUCGGUUGGAGAGGGGUUAGAAAACAGCACUGUGGAAGCAGCUUCGAAGGAGGCCUUAGGAGGGAAUGGAAACACUUCAAAUGUCAGCAACAAUUCAUCUUCAAGUGACAUAAUUUCUGGAACACCGCAGCCUACAAGCCGACGGCAGUCUUUUAUUACUCUGGAGAUAUUUGGGAGUUCAGAGAACAGACCCUUUAGCCUUUCAGCACUGAACAGUUUAUCAGAGAUGUCUGGAAGUGCUUCUGCAGCAGGUAAACAGGACAAUGCCAGCGUAUGCAAGACCGGUGCUAACGCAGAGAAAUACGGAGAAGAUAAAAAGCCUUCAAAAUCAGAGUCUGACCAUAUGUUUACUGCAAUACGGAGGCUGACUCGCAGGCAGAGUAAAAUGGAGCACAAAGGAAACAAGCAGUCCAAGUUCUUUAUUAGGUCAGAACAAGAGAAAAGCAUGCAAGAAUCUCUUGCUUCCAACAGUAUGGACAAUAGUCCUAAGCUGUCUUCUCCAGUAGAAGACGUGGAACAUGUUCUGCUUGCUCAGUCCCAAGCACUCCAAUCUACAGAAGUGGAAAUCAAAAAAGUUGAAGACACGAUAGCAGAAAUGGAAAAGGUUCGGGCAUUGGACAUGGAUUCUAAAGAAAAUACACCACCGGAGACGACAGUGUCCUCUGACCAGGUGACAGGUGACGAUAGCCAGGUUCCACAGGCAUCUCCUAAUCAGAAAAUACUGCGGCGUUCUUUGAGACGACGGUCAGAAACUGUAGAAGGUACAGCAGGUAGUCAGGAUAAGGAAGAUGGCCACCAAAAGAGAGACAGGCGUAAAGAAGACGAAAAAUCUGGGCAAAAGAAGGCGCUGCAGACUAAAGAUGACACACCCCAAAAGCAGAAAGCAGUUUCUGGGAAAGCUACAGAAAACACAAAUAAAAAAGAAAGCAACUUGCCUGAGGGAAGUGCUGCAGAGGACUUAGGCUCAAAGGAGUCUCCUGCUGCUUCGAGGGGCCUCGAUGAGGAAGCGAACAGAAGCGCCAGGAUGUCAGAAGACAACAUGAAGACUGACACAGAAGGUCAGGGCUGUAGCUCAAGUACAGUAGAUCAGAAGAAGAGUGAACGCCCACGAUACCACACAAGAAGAGCUUUACAAGGCUUGCUUUCCAGCAUAGAAAACUCAGAGGCUGAUGGCUCCGAGACCAAGGAAGAAAGCACAAGGAAGAAAAGAUCUGGAAAAGUGAAAAAUAGAAAUGAUUCUCUUGAAGGUAAACUGAAAGAUGUACAGCCGGGAAGCUGCAGCCAUGAGGUGUCUUCCCAAGGAAACGAAGCUAAGAAUCUGUCAGAAACAGAUAAAGGUGAACUAAGCUGUGAAGUCAGCACAGACACUGCACUGACACCUGAACCGCGUGACCUGAAAAGCCAAGUAAUUCCUGCAGACGCGAGCGAAGCUGUGGGAUCUGCCAGCUCGGAGGAGCCACCUGACGCACAGAACGCGUGUGUGGAACAAAAUGACAGCGAGGCAUCGGCGGAAUCGCUCACCGACCCUUGUGUAUCUGAUCAAGAUUUGAAAGCAGCGGAGGAAAACAGGCAGGUGGAGAAGGAAACAGACGCAGAAGACACUUCACCUGUUCUGCCUGAAUGUAUAGCAGGAGCGAACGCUUCAGGCGGCAGUCCUUCCUCUCCGCAAAUACCCGAGUGUCAGCGCAAAAGAAGCAAAAGGCUGAAAAGACUAAGGAACUGCAGUUGCUGUUAUAAAAAGUCAAAGCAGCAAGUCAUGUCACUCCCUGAAUCGGAAAAUGGGAACGCUCGUGAAGCGAGCGAGCCCCAAACCAGCCCAGUUCAGGCGUCUGUAAAUGCAUCGGAGAUGUCUGGCAAUUCAAGUCUUGAUGAGAGCUUGCCCAUGGCACCCUGCGCGGUGAGCACUCCGCUGCGUCCUCCUGAGCAACCCGGCGCCUUUAACUUGAAAGGAGAGGGAACAUCUGAAGAUAAUCUGCAAGGGGAUGGUGGUGUAGUGGAGGAGGACCUGGAUUAUCCAGAGUGUAUAGCAGAUGAAAUUCAUGACUCGAUAGCAGAAAUGAAAGAACCUGCUGAUCAGAGUGACCAAACCGGACGGUGUCUGUCUGAGUAUGCUUCAGAUAAGCCUGGUGAGAGCUGGCUGGCUGCCGGGGAUCCAGGCGAAGAACCAGCAGCUACAGAAAAGGAAGAAAUAAGUCAGAACGGACAAGUGGAGGAGGUGCCUGAGGCACUGACUGUUGUUAGCAACCCUGAGGAAAACGAGAUGAACGAGCUAGAAAGUGAUCAGGAUGAUGAAGAAGCAGCUGAGAAAGCUUUAGGAGAAACUUGUGUUAUUCAAGAUAGAGAGAUGAAGGAGGAAUUAGUGGAAAUUGAAAUUACGGUUCCUGAAAAUGUGGCCUUAGACAAAGAAGAUGCAGUAGAAAAUAACAGUGUGGAUUCACCUCAAAAGCUGGAAAAUCAGGAUUCUUUAGCGUUAGCUAAUGAAAGCCCUAAUGGUAUGCAGGCGCGCUGCAUGUGGUCUCCUUCAGCUUCUCCAUCCACUAGCAUUUUAAAGAGAGGCAUAAAAAGAAAUCAAGAGGACGAUUCCCUGUCACCUGCUAAUAAGAUCCGUCGAGUCUCUUUUGCAAACCCAAUUUAUCAAGAAGGGCUGGCAGAUGACAUAGACAGGAGAAGCCCAGUUAUUAGAUCCCAUUCUUCUUCACCGUCUUCCCGCGGUCUUAAAAUUUUAUCGAAUAUUCAGGCUAAGCACAUUACCACUCCAACCAAAGGAUUUCUGUCCCCAGGAUCUCGUAACCCUAACUUUAAGAGCUCAAAGAAGUGUUUAAUUUCGGAAAUGGCUAAGGAAUCGCUGCCUUGCCCUACGGAAUGCGUGUAUCCUGCCUUAGUUGGCUGCAAAGCACCGGUCGACGUCAUUUUACCUCAGAUUACAUCCAACAUAUGCGCCAGAGGCCUGGGGCAGCUCGUUCGAGCGAAGAACAUUAAGACAGUGGGCGAUCUGAGUACUUUGACAGCAUCAGAAAUCAAAACUCUUCCCAUCCGCUCUCCGAAAGUUUCCAGUGUUAGAAGAGCUCUUAAAGCAUAUCAUGAGCAACAGGUAAAAUCUCGAGGAUUUGAGGAAAUAGCAGUGCUUGAAGAUGCAGAAAAGCCUGUCAAUAACAUAGAGGAUAAAUCUCUCUGUGUAGAUGAAGAAAAACUUGCAACAGAUUUGAUUGAACCAGUUGUCCUGGAUACCCACGACCAGCCCACAGCAGAUCUUCUGAGCCAAAUUGAUGCACUUGCUGCUCAGCUGACCUCUGAAGAUCUUCAUGGCUAUUCCGGAAGCCAACUUUUUGAGAUGCAAGAAAAACUUGUUGGCAUGACAAACUGUAUCAUGAAAAACCUGCAGUCCCGCUGGAAAUCGCCACCCCAUGAAAGUUCUGAUUAGUUGCUUAUAAUUUCUAAGUAAGGAGGAUUUUGUUACAACAGUUUUUCCCAAAAUCUGCUUUUCUUACUGGUGAAUUAUUCCUUAAGGUGUGCAUUUUGUACUACAGAAGGUUUUUUUAACACCUAUAUGAGCAAAGUAUAUCAUGGCUGUUUUUUUUUUUUUGUUUCCUGGGGUUUUUUGUUUGUCUGUCUUUAAUCUGUGGGAUUGAUUAUUCCCUAUUAGAGGUAUUUGUAUUGCUAUGCAUAUUUCUUUCAGAUAGUGAAAGAAAACUUGAUGAAGUUGUGCAAUAGCAAAGACUGUGAAACCAAACCAACAGAGUAAUUAAAUUAUUUUUUCAAAUCCAAAGUGUUCUUCCUGCUGCAAACUCUUACGAUCUGGUGAGAGACCGAGCUCCCAGCUCUGCUCGUCUGCUGCCCGCUUGUCUCCUCUGAAGCUGCUGAAACUCUGGCAGGCAGCGGCUCUCCUCAGCACCAUUUUAUACUGAGAUAAGCUGUGCCUAAUUCCUUACAGCAGCAACAGUUGAGGAACCUGGUAGUUGACAACCAGCUGGCACCUAUUUUUGCAUGUGUUUUUAUAAGAAUCACACUAAGAAGCCGAUAACGCGACGACCCCUUACGGGUUGAAAGGCCGCGCAGCACUCCUCGGGCUGCUCCCGUGUCGUGUUCGCAGCAGUGCUCCUGCGGAGAAGACUUUUUCCUUGGGGAAACAAAUGGAUUUGACAAGAGCUCUUUGUAUAUUAUGUACAGUCCUAUGAUGGCAAAUGUUGGUUAAUAAUUUAUGAUUUUGAGUUCUAAUUGCAUGGAAUGCAUUGCUGCUUCUCAAGAGACCUUCAGAGAGAGUUCUUGGGUUUUACUCUGGAAAUCUAAUUUGUAUAUAUUGUACUGUAGCUAUCAAAAUGGACGUUUAUCGAAAGGAGUUGCUGCGGGUGGUUUUAGAAUUUACACAUGGGCAAAUUAAACAGAAAAUGGUUCCCA